UUGCUCUGGGACAUGCUCAAUCCGAUCGUCUUUGCGAGCGGGGGUCCCCAGAGUGGGAUGGUGAAGAUGGAACCGGCGGUGAUGGCAUUGAGGGAGAUGGAGAUACACGUGGAGAUGGCCAAUGCUUUGGCUUGCCAUUUCGAGACUGUGCCUCGGCUCGUGUCGUCCGCGUGCUCGCCCGACAUCGUUGCUCGCUGAGGGGGCAUCUCGAUCUCGUCUAGGCGGUCAUCACGAGCCAAUGACGGCACUGCCACUCACUCGGAUCUCGCCAACUCUUGCCACGUCGCGCCGGGUCGAUUCGAGUCGAGUGAAGUGAAGUGACGCCAUCGGAGCAGGAGAGGUAGACACCUGGCUAGCGAUGUUCAGACGGGUACUGCUGGCCACUGCCGUCGGCUUGAUGGCCAUGUCAGCUCGUGCGACCGACAGGAGGACAGCCGAAGACCUGUCGGCCGAUCAACUCGUCUUCAACACCGACAAGGGACCCAUCGCAACUUCGGCCUUGCCGUCUCUGUCUGACAUGCUGACAGUUCAGAGGAGUGCUAGCUUCUUCUACGACUACCUCCGGGAGGGAUCUGUUGCCGAACGACUGGCUGCACCGGUGCUGAAGACGACGCUCUUUGUGCCUACUAACACGAUCAUCUCUCAGCUCGCUCGCAAGCCACACGAGGGAGCGCCUGGCGAGGAGAAGAUCUACUCGACCGAGAAGGACGAGGAGAAAGCGCGAGCGGAGUACUUGCAAGACUGGGUCAAGACGCACGCUGUUGCCGAAUCACUCGAGCUCAAGCUUGAUGAUCUGAGCGAGAGAGACUCGUUGCUCAAGGACCAUCCCAUCACGUUUACUCGCGCCGAAGCAGCAACUGCUGUAGAUGCCUGGGCUAGCAUACUCGUCGGUCCCAGACAGGCUCGCGUCAUCGACGCUGUCGAGUGCUCGAAUGGCUGGAUUUACAUGCUCGACGGCGUACUCGGCUUGUGA